UAGUAGUUUUUUCUAGGAAGCAUGAACCUGCUCAGCUUCAAACACAAUUAAUGGGUAAAACGAUUUCUCAGGUUUUGGUACACAAAUAUCUUGGUGUCUGGUUCGACUCUAAAGGCACCUGGGGUUGUCACGUGAGGUAUCUGAUGAAAAAAUGUCAACAAAGAGUGAAUUUUCUUCGUACAAUAACCGGACAAUGGUGGGGAGCCCAUCCAGGAGACCUUAUAAGGCUUUACCAAACAACGAUAUUGUCUGUUAUUGAAUACGGGUGUUUCUGCUUCCGCUCCGCAGCAAACACACAUUUGAUCAAACUGGAGCGAAUACAAUAUCGUUGUUUGCGUAUCGCCUUAGGUUGCAUGCAGUCGACCCAUACGAUGAGUUUGGAGGUUUUAGCUGGAGUACUACCAUUGAAAAACCGCUUCUGGAGCCUGUCUUCUCGUAUUCUAAUCAAAUGUGAGGUCUUGAACCGUCCCGUGAUUGAAAAUUUUGAAAGGUUAAUCGAACUUCAUUCUCAAACCCGUUUUAUGACAUUGUAUUUCAAUCACAUGUCCCAAAAUAUUAACCCUUCUUCGAAUAUUCCAAAUCGUGUCGACUUAUCAAAUACUUCUGAUUCUACUGUGUUUUUCGAUACAUCCAUGAUAGAAGAAACUCGUGGAAUCCCGGAUCAUUUACGCGUGCAGCAGAUCCCUAAAAUUUUUUCCAAUAAAUAUCGAAACAUCAACUGCGACAAUAUGUACUACACUGACGGAUCACUUCUUGAUGGGUCCACUGGCUUCGGUAUCUUCAAUAACAAUUUAACCGUCUCCCAUAAGCUCGAUAAUCCUGCUUCUGUUUACGUCGCAGAAUUAGCUGCAAUUCAGUACACCCUAGGGAUUAUCGAAAAAAUGCCCACGGACCAUUAUUUCAUCUUUACGGACAGUCUCAGUUCCAUUGAGGCUCUCCGAUCGAUGAAAGAUGUUAAGCACUCUCCGUAUUUCCUGGGGAAAAUACGGGAACAUCUGAGUGCUUUAUCCGAAAAAUCUACUCAGAUUACCUUAGCGUGGGUCCCUUCUCACUGCUCGAUACCGGGUAAUGAGAAAGCGGACUCUUUGGCUAAGGUGGGCGCAACAAACGGUGAUAUUUAUGAAAGACCAAUUGCCUUUAAUGAAUUUUUCGCACUUGUACGUCAGAAUACGAUCAUCAGUUGGCAAAAUGCUUGGACCAGAGGGGAAUUGGGAAGGUGGUUACAUUCCAUAAUCCCCAAAGUAUCGACGAACCCGUGGUUCAAGGGGUUGGAUGUAGGUCGGGAUUUCAUUUGCGUGAUGUCCCGGCUUAUGUCCAAUCACUAUAGAUUUGACGCGCUCCUCCGUCGUGUUGGGCUCGGGGAAAGUGGUAUCUGUGCCUGUGGUGAAGGUUAUCACGACAUAGAGCAUGUGGUUUGGUCAUGCCCUGUACACCGUGACGCCAGGUCUAAAUUAAUAGCUUCCCUGCAGGCCGAGGGUAGACAGCCGGCUGUUCCUGUUCGUGAUGUCUUGGCGAGCCGUGACCUAUCCUACAUGUCCCUUAUAUACGUUUUCCUGAAAUCCAUCCACGCCCCAGUCUAGUCCCGUUCCCCUCCGUCUACACCCAACAAAACGACAAGAACACGUUUGAACCUUAAGCACAAAACCAGCAACCAGACCCCGCACAAUAGAACCAGGACCCAAGGACUACGAGCCUCUGUCCCAACUCACGACAUCGUGGCUCAGCAGAACGAAUCCAUACAUGCCAUUCGACGAUUAUCAGACGACCAUUGAACAACAAAACACUGAUUGGAAAUCCCAUGCUAGUUUUAAGCUAGACUUAAUUUCAGCUCGUAGUCGGCAGCGAGGAUAAAAAAUUUGGUUUAGUUUUUAAGUCAUCAGAUAUAAUUGGCGCCGUUAAACAUUAAAUUGUAUUUGUGCCGUGUCAAAUAAAUGUUAUGUGAAGAAAAAAAAAAUACACGCUCAUUAAGAACGCGAAAAAUUUUCGUAUUAAAUUCUUAUAGAACAGAAUAUGCCAUGGCCGGGCCAGUUAAUAGUAUGAUGAGUCUUUACAAUAAAUAUUGUGAAGUUAUUGAUUUAACGAUGUCACGAAAUGCUCUUAGAAAAAUAUUGAACACUAGGAUUACAUAACUAUAUUUGUGAUGUUAGCAAUAGUUUUUAAGAUGUAGUCUACUAUGAUUGACGAAAUAAAUAAAUAAAUAAAUGAUAAGUCUCCCGUCGGGGUCGCUCUGGAAUUAUAAUGUGUGACAAUGCAACCAAUUUCGUUGGCGCACGUCGUGAGCUAGAUGAAUUAAGAAUGCCGUUUAACAAUCAGAAUUUUGCUCGAACAGUUUCACAAGAAGUCGAUGGACAAUAUACAGUUCGAAUUUAUUCCCCCAAAAACGCCGAACUUUGGUGGCCUCUGGGAGGUCACUGUGAAGGCCAUCAAGGGCCAUCUUAAGAGAACCUUGGGAAAUACUGUAAUCAAUAAAGAAAUGUGCACGCUAACGGCCCAGAUCGAAGCUUGUCUCAAUUCCAGGCCGUUAACUCCGCUUUCCAGCGACCUCAAUGACUUAGAAAUAUUAACACCUGGCCAUUUCCUGGUACACCGACUGCUUACGGCAAUCCCAGAACCGUCUCUAGAGGAUUUAAAGGACACAAGAUUAUCGAGAUGGCAGCGGGUGCAGAAUUACCUGCAGCACAUCUGGCGGGGCUGGUCGACGCAAUAUUUAUCAGAGUUAAAUUCUCGCACAAAAUGGACCAGGCAACGAAACAAUUUGUUUGUUGGCACUAUGGUCCCUCCAUUGGAAUGGCGUAUGGGAAGGGCCAUUGAAGUUCACACUGGACAGGAUGGCAAAAUACGCGUGGUGAAAGUGCGUACUAAAUAUGUAAUUUACGUUCGAGGAAUCACCAAAGUGUGCAUUCUUCCGAUUUUUUUUCUCUGUGUGGACUCAUCACUGCGAUCAGAGACAUUUUGAUCUAUUGUGAUAUUGCCCAGGUGUUUUCUGUACUCCGCACUUCAUAUUAUUGGCAGUAUCACUAUUGAAGUGAAUGAUACGCUUUUUUUUAUUUAUAUCCGUGCUUGUGUGUGAGAGUUUACCCUUACAUUUCAAGCUUAUUGCUCUACUAUACCGAGCCUCUUUUCUAUCCUACCAAUAUCGCCAAAUUACAAUUCCCUGAACUGAGGCUACACCUAACGUUCCUCUCUGGCCAGGUUUAUUCUAAGAGGGACUUAUCAUGUCAAGAGGAAGGAGUCUUAUCGAAACCUCGUUCCGUGCCAAUAUCGCCAAUUACAAUUCCCUGUAGAGGGUAAAUAUUUCUGAAAUCAGUUUUAUUAUAAUAAGGACUUAUUUUGUCAAAAGGAAGGAGUCUUAUCGAACCUCGUUCCUCCUACCAACACCGCGUCACAAUCACAACUCCCUGAAGAGGCACUCAAUGCUACACCUCUGGUCAGGUUUAUUAAAAGUAGGACUUAUAUUUUUUUGUCAAGAGGAAGGAGUCGUAUCGAAACCUCGUUCCUCCAGCCAAGACCGUGUCAUAAUUACAAUUCCCUGAAGAGAACUAUUAUACGUUACUCAGAACAGUUUUAUUAUAAGAGGGACUUUUUUGUAAGGAUGAAAGUCAGCAAGGGUACUAUAGAAUUCAGCUUGAAGGAAGGGUAUGUAGUAGAGAGCCUGAGAAUGAACCCAUGUUAAAGUCCUUUGACAACCAAAUGGCCUGAUUCUACUAAGAUUCGAACCCACGGCCACUCGCUUAUCAAAGCGGACUCUGUAACCUUGCGGCUACGAAGCACUCUCAUUCUUCCGAUAGCAGACAAUGUAGACCAAUAGUAUCAACCUUGUCGCAGCCAAGGGCGCUGACGCGGCUUAUGGGCAUCCACGGUCAGUUAAUUCUUCCAGCUCGCUGUGGUUCCCGGAAUCCCGAGAAAUGUUGCUUCGAGUUAAUAUCAACUUACUGCCAUGCAUGUGUAUCCAGCUCAGCUCAGUUCCUGUCAUUAUUUUGUAUAAAGCGUCAAGUAUAUUGUGGAGGUUGAGGAACCUCCACGCAAAGUUAUGUGUCUCGCAUGUGCACCCUCUACGUGAAGUCAAACACUUUUGUUCCAUUAACAGAAACGUCAAAAUUACCACAAGGAUCAACCACUUAUCUGAAGUCCGAGAUCAAUUAAGAGGUUCAUCCAUUCCUCCCACCACCCAACGGGGAAAAGCACCAUUAAGAGAGAGGUCUAGUUGCAGACUGCAAUUCACCAACGGCGUGUUAGGCGCCAGCGGAGGCGGACGGCCUCCGCGUCCCAGGGAGGUUGUUUAAUAAUUGUUCAUAAGUUGUAAAAAAAUCCCUCUUAUUUGAUUCGUAGAUUUGUACCCGAUGUAAGGCCUUGGCAAAGGCUACCAACGAAACCGAAGAGAAAUCAUGAAGCUGACCGGCUACUAGCACCAGGAUGCACCCAGUGCCAGGAUAUAACCAGAGCCAGGACUCACAGGAUGCAGUUCUACUCAGGAUUGCUUCACCGAUCCAGCCCAGGAUAUGUUGUUUUGAGUUCCAGUUUUAGUAACCAGUUAAUAAGCGAUACAUUAGCUCGUUGCAUUAAUUAAGUUGUUUAUAAUUGUUAAUAAUGUACAAGUAAUUGAUUGUUAAUGUCAAGGUUGAUUUUGCCUUUCAAGGCGGCCGGUAUGAACGCGCCGACGCUUAAUUCUUCAGAACUAUUUUGCUCAGCCCACUGCACAGUGGGGAAGCGCUGGCCAUCAGCCAAAAAAACUUUUUUUUCGUUAGCUGUUUCAUAAUAUUUUUCCUUUAUUGCUAUAACUUUCAAGUGUCUAAAUCCAAAAUUUGGGCGCAAUAUCAUGAAAUCUGAAUUUUUUAUGACUUUUCAAAGCUCGACGAACUGACGUUUUGAAGUAGAAUACUUCUCUCAGGAAGUUCGGCUACAUAGGGAUGUGAUAUAUAAAUCUUAAACCGAAAAAAGUGAAAAAUAUGUCCAAUUUCAAAUGCUAAUAAAUCGGUUGGUAUCCGAUGGAUUUCCUUCGUUCUUGCAGCAAUCGAUUGGAAAAUCUUCUAAAAUUCUUCCCAAAAUAAGAUAAUUGUAAUUUUAUUAUUCACACUAUUGUACUAUUGAAAAUAGUCAAGCCUUGUCAAAACGAAAAAUACGACCACUGAUUGGUCGUUAUAUGAUUGCUUCCCAAGCACGGUCGACAGAAUCAUAUACCUUGCAAUUGAAAACAUGCUAUUUGGCCUAUAUAAGAGCCUGUUUCAGCCGAAGCCGCUCAUAAUAGUUCUAGACAGCGACAACAGCAGUCGUCCUUCCUUAGCAGCAGCACUAGCCCUGUGGUUGGUCACCACGUCUCAGAAGCAGCGCGGUUUUUCUCAGUGUGUAUCGCCAGACUGCCAUUAUUCCCCCCGUGUUGGGGCAGCAUGAAGAUUGCCAUCAUGAAAUCCAAUUUUGGAAAUCAAAAUGCCUUUUUCAAAGCAUAUAAACAAGUCAUUGAAAGUUAAUAAUUUUUGACAACGCAAACAAGAUUCUGUGUUGGAUCCUAGCAAUUUAAAUUUGUCGCACCCGUCUAAUUUACUGAAUGUGAAAUAGCUUCCACAGUGCAUGUUGUCCGUGUAUCUUAAUUCCCCCUAAUGUUAGGGCAGCUCAAAGGUUGUAAUCAGCAACCGAUUUUGAACCGCAAAAUGCUUCUUUCAAGGCAAAUCAACAAAUAAUUGAAGGUUAAUAAUUUUCUGGCAUCAACACGAGCAGACAUUCUGUGCGGGAUACAAUCAAAUUCUGUUGUAGUUGUCUAAUUUUGACUUUUACUUUAUUUAGUAAACCCCCACUGUAGGGGCAGCGCAAAGGCUGCGAUCAGCAUGACCGACUUUGAAUAACAAACUGCCCUGUUAGACCGCAUUCACAAAGACAGUUAGUUCGACUUUGCAGAGCUAAUAUGAAGUCGAUUCAAUCAAUCAACAUUAACAGAAUUUCGUCGUCUCCCAGCUGCCAAAUUGCAACAUGAUGCAACCAGUGAUGGAAACGAAACGAAUAUGAUGCAAUCGUCGUUUAUUCAUCAUACGUGCACUUCACGAAGGGUACAGGCCGGGACUAAAUUCGAAUCCUCUCAACCCAUAAUGAAAUGAUGAUAGGGUGCAUAGGUUACUGGGAGAAAACAAACACAUGACAAGACUACAUCAGCUCUGAGAAGCGAUUCGAUCGUUGCGUUUGUCUCUCCAUAGGCCGGUAGUUACGGGAAGAAAGGAUAGCAACCGGAGAAAAUUAUGUCGCCUGAACAGCAGCAGGGGUGUGGUGCGGUGAGAGGGAAUGUGUGGGGGAAGGAACUACUUUGGCAGUGGUUGAGUUUAAGCGAGAGUAGGAGAGCAUACACUGUCAUUUUCUUUCUUUUUCUGACAAAAAAUCAUAUUCAUGAGUCAAAAGAAUAAGGAUAUAACAAGUUCUGAUCGCUCUCUGUAACAGAGACGAAUAACUUCAUAUACCGAGUUGUGCACAUUGAGAACCACGUGUUGUGGUGUACACUAAUGAAUAGAGAUAUAUCGUAAAGAGGAAAGCAAAAAGAGUGCACCAGCACCGAUACUUUGUUUUUCGCAUACUGACGACGAUGUCAACGCAUCCUAGGCUUGUUUUAUAUGUAUUCAUUAAUCGCUAGAGGUGAUUUUUUUCCUUCGCUGGAUGCAACACGCAACAGCGAGCAAACGGAAUCGCUUGAUGUUACAAACCGCAAUAAGAUACGGGUUAAAACCGUUGCGCGUGUGAGAGCACCAUCGGUGUUUAUUCGCUGGAUACAAAAAUCAAAUGCGAAUUGUGAAUCAUUCGUCUCAAGAACAUUAAAAAAUGGUAAAACUGAACUGAAAGGCGUGGCCUAUUACGUAGCACCCUUCGGCUAUGAAAGAGUAUUUCUGGGAAAACUAGCUACAUUCAGUAGUCGGAAGGUGAGCUGGAUGGACCGUCCACAACGUUGACAGCAGUAGCAGCAAAUAUCGGCAAUCAGAAGUAACAGACCAGGCCAUAGCAGCGGGUUGCGCCUGUGGCUGCCUUCAAAUUAAACACUUGCCCUGUGGUUGGUCACCACGUCUCAGAAGCAGCGCGGUUCUUCUCCAUGUGUGUCGCCAGACUGCCAUUAUUCCCCCACUGUUGGGGCAACAAGAAGAUUGCCAUCAGGAAAUCCAAUUUUGGAAUUAAAAAUGCCUUUUUCAAGGCAAAUAAACAAGUCACUGAAAGUUAAUAAUUUUUUGACAUCGCAAGCAAGCAUUCUGUGUUGGAUCCUAGCAAUUUAAAUCUGUCGCACCCGUCGAAUCUACUGAAUGUGAAAUAGCUUCCACAGUGCAUGUUGUUCGUGUAUCUUAAUUCCCCCACUGUUAGGGCAGCUCAAAGGUUGCGAUCAGCAUAACCGACUUUGAAUAAUAAACUGCCCUGUUAGAACGCAUUCACAAAGACAGUUAGUUCGACUAUGCAGAGCUAAUAUGAAGUCGAUUCAGUCAAUCAGCAUUAACAGAAUUUCUUCGUCUCCCAGCUGCCAAGUUGCAACAUGAUGCAACACGCAACAGCGAGCAAACGAAAUCGCUUGAUGUUACAAGCCGCAAUAAGAUACGGGUUAAAACCGUUGCGUGUGUGAGAGCACCAUCGAUGUUUAUUCGCUAGAUUCAAAAAUCAUAUGCGAAUUGUCGAAUAAUUUGUCUGAAGAACAUUAGGGAAUGGAACAACUCAACUGAAAGGCGGGGCCUAUUUCGUAGCGCCCUUCGGCUAUAAAAAAGUGUUUCUGGGAAAACUAGCUACAUUCAUUAGUCGGAAGGUGAGCUGGAUGGACCGUCCGGGUUGCGCCUGUGGCUGCCUUCAAGUUAAACAAAUCACUUGCCCUGUGGUUGGUCACCACGCCUCAGGCCUCUGCUUAAGAACGAACGCCAACGCGAGCGAUCGGGCGAGAUUUUUGCCGUACAUCAGCCGGCACUUCCUCUAAUGGAAAAGUUGGAUCAUUUUGUUCAGAAGAAUAUUACUGUUGGUAAUAUUACAGAGAUGCGAUUGCACUUUAUCCUAUAUGGAAUUGAACAAUUGUUCUUUUGAGGACAAAUAAAACACUUAUUUUGAAGAGUUAAUAGUUUUGGGUACCAGUAGCAGUAUGGUACAGCCUCAGCGGUAGGUGUAGCCGGUACUUCCGUGAGGCGGAUGUUAUAAGGAAGUAAAUGGAAGCGGCACGGCGAAACAGUUCGGGUGUGCUUAGACGCGCGUCAUUUUCCGUUGUUGAUAUUAUUCCCCACAUGAAACGACUCGCUUUCGUACGAUAGCGGCGGUACUAGCGGUAGAUGCAUUUGCCAACACUUACUCCAGUAAAGCCGUGUCUAAUUUUCAAUGUGAAAACACCUUUCUAUUGUGUUGGCCGUGCGCAUUAGGCCUCUGCCAGGCUAAACGCGAAAAGCGGUGUGAGCCGAUUCGCCCGGCCGUAGGUUAAUGUACAGCCGUAAGUAAGCAAAGCAGAGCCUUGGUGCUACAUUCCUAUUCGGAACUUGACCUUCUGUUUACUAUACACAGGCUUCGCAGCCAACCGUUAAGUGUACAGGACAAUUGCGGGGCUAGCGCUACGAUCCUACUGACACUAACAGUCUCUCCCGAGACAAGACUCGAACCUACGACGACUGGCUUGUUAGGCCAGCAUCGUACCUCGAGACCAGCUGGGUAGGACAGCCGUAAGUAGAGCUGUGUAAAAGUAUUCUACUUCAACCUUGCGGUCGUGGCUUUUUGUCUUUGUUUUUGAAAAAAAAGUACAUUACUUUGAAACGUUCUGUAGCUUCAAUGAUAGCUUGGAUUUUUUAGCUUAAAAGUUUAGUUGCCGCAGUUUGCCACGGUUGUGACUACAUUCAAAAUUUAUGUAAAAACGUAAGCUUUCAAAUGCAUACUGUCCGCUGUUGCGCAAAACUGCGCAAAUUGUCACUUUAGUGAAAAAAAACGAUAGCAGAUUUUUUUAGUUUUUAUUUUUGAAGUUGAAAUUUCAUCCAGGAUUAAUUUUAACCCUCUAGUGCCCAAGUUAAUUUCUAGGCGAGCCUCGGUAAAAUCACUAUGAAUCGUUAUAAACACUCUUUAAGUAUUUGUUGAAGCUUUUUAGAGUUGUGACUGAAGCCCGCCAAAUGGCGGCAUUGGGCACUAGAGGGAUAAUCAUAACCAUGAUACCCCAUUAAUGAAUAUUUAUGGUAUCGUACUCAAUCCGUAUGGAUAAAAUAUAAAUUUUACGAAAAUCACAAAAUUUAUCAAUGAGAAGUUAUGAAAUAAGUGUUAAACAAGAAAACAGUAAACAAAGCUUUAUGAAAUUUUAUUUAUGUCAAACUUUAUCACUUGCUGCAAACUUAAAACAAUAUUAAAAACAUUCAGCCCUUUUCAAUUUAUGAUCAUGAAGUUCGCUAAACUGAUUGAAGUAUCAAAUACUAGCAGCAAAUUCAUACCAUCAAAAUCCUUGAACAAUAGUCCGUUUGAAGAUUGCUUUUACUUCGCACUCGUUUUCAUACAAAAGUAAAGCACACAUUUUGCUUUAUGAGAAAAAAACAAAAAAUAGUCGUCGCCCUUGCAUCUUUUCGUAUUCAUUUAGAACGUUGUGUCAUUCCAGUGUCUUGGUUUUCAAAUUCAUAAAUUCGUUGAAUUUUAUUAUUGAGCCUUCAACUUCAGCAGCACCACCUAAUUCAAUGUCUAGUAAGUUGUCAAUUCAUGGUGUUAUACAUGUAUUUAAAUGUCCUCUUUCAACCAUAGAAACCGGAUUAGGAAGAUAACAUAUAUAUAUGUAACAAUGAAAAUCGAAAAUCACUAGAAAAAAUGAAAAUUGCAGCGAAAGACAUUUUUCCUGUUGAAACUUAUCAUGAACUUCAAAUUUUCUGGAAACAAUUCAACACAAGUUUUAAGCGAUCACAGCGGAAGAUGAUGAUGAAUUUUUCAAUUUGUAAUUAGUUUGUAUUACUUGUUGUUUUAGUCUAUUUAAAAAAAUAUAUAUAUUUAGGAAAAAUUUGUUUAGUUCGAGGGGUCGUCCAUAAUUCACGUUUUUUUUUUUCAAUGAGGAGGACGCCCGGUGGCACCACCUGUGGUCAAAGAUCAUAUAACUCUAUAAAAAUAAAAAAAAAGUGCCAAAAAAUAUUAAAAAUUGGAUUUCGUGCUUUAUGGACGGCCCCAAACAAAAAUGGAUGCCAAAUUCGUAUUCAGCGCCCCAAAAUUAUGCAUAUACCAAGUUGUUGUCGCAUUUAUCGACACUUUUUUUGCUUGGCCAGCCUUUGUAUGGAGUCGCCCCACUGUGCACUGUUAAUUAAUGCAUGCUAUAAGAAACGAUAAAAGUAGCUCAAUUCUCUAUUGUUCAGUCACCCGAGUACUUGUAAUUUAAAUCUCAAUGCUCUCCGAUCACACGCGAGAGCCGGAAGCCAAUUUGCAUAUUGCCAGUUCAUUCGAGAUCGAAAUCAAAUGUACAGAUCAUUACAAAAUAAAUCGUCAGCUUGACCAGUCGUGUUUUUUGCCCCCUAAAAUUGUACAAAUUUAAUCAUUUAAAUACAGUCCGCUGAAGUAAGAAAUCAAAUUUCUGACGAGAAAGUCCCAGAAUUGAACAAUGGGUAUUUCUGGAAUCGUAGUGAUGCACUGGAGCCACAAAUCGACUUCAGACAACAUUUUGAAUUGUAAGAUGGCAACUUCCGGCUUCUAGAAAACAGCCUGACAUGGACGAUUCCCAUCAAACAUGAGUAUCUCUGGAACCAGAAAGCUGCACAGAAGCUGGAAAUUGACCACAGACACAAUCUUUAAUUUCAAGAUGGUGACUUCCAGUGCCUUGCAAACAGCCGAAAAUGAUCGAAUAACACCUAAUAUGGGUGUUUCUUCAACCAGAAUGACGCUCAGAGGCCAGAAAUUAUCUUAAAUACCAUUUUGUAAUCCAAGAUGGCAAUUUCCGGUUUGUGAAAACAGCCUAAAAUAACCAAAUAUCAUCCAAUACAUGGACCCUGGACACCAUUUUGAAUUUAAAGACGACCACUUUUAGUUUCUGGAAAACAACCAAAUUCACUGAAUACCUCCCAAUAUGGGUAUUUCCGGUGUCAGAUUGAUGCCAGAAAAUCUCCUGAAUAAGAAUAUAUUCAGAAUUAAGGUGAUGUACAGAAGCCAAAAGUCGAGGAUGUUGUCAUUUCGAUAAAACCAAUCAUUUCAAACGAUUUGUUAUUUGACUUAGAUCGUAUCCAGUCUUUAAACACAUCGCAAGGAAUCAAUGAAUUUGGAAACCCACCACUUACAACGAAUUGUAUGGAGAGAUGAUCCUUCAAAAACUGUUCGGACGUAUGAACUACUGACAGUGACAUAUGGUACGUCCCCUGCACCAUAUUUGGCUACUCGUUGCCUAAAGCGAUUGGUGGAAGAUUUGGCAUCAAAUAACCCCACUGUAUCAGAAACGAUUCUCGAUAAUUUUUAUGUCAAUGAUCUUUUGAAAAGUGUCGACAGUAUCGCUGAUGGUCAAAAGAUUUGUGCGGAACUGAUAACGCUGCUGAGUUCUGCUGGGUUCACUCUACGCAAAUGGAGCUCCAAUUCACGAGAAAUACUAGACCAAAUACCUCAACACUUAGGAGACGAGCGCAUGACUAUGGAUAUCGAAUCCUCAGAAGUAAAAACACUAGGAGCCGCGAUCGGAUAUCUUCAAAUUUUCUGUUCCUGUGUGGAGUUCUGCUACAGAGAUCAACAAAAGAAUUAUAUUGUCUGAUUGUGCGGAACUGUUUGACCCACUCGGUUUAGUUGGGCCCGUUAUCGUCCGAGCUAAAGUAUUUCUUCAGGAUCUUUAGAAAUCAAAGUUUUCUUGGAAUGAAACUAUUACUGGAGAGCUUCGAUCCUGGUGGCUAGAAUACCGAGAGAUCAUUUCAGACCUCACUCGUAUCAAGGUUCCUAGAUGGAUAGGUUUUGGUAGUGACACUGUAUCCGCAGAACUCCAUGGCUUUUGCGAUGCGUCUGGAAAGGCAUAUUGCGCAUGUUUUUACCUUCGCUGCACAUCAGUUGACGAUAGUGUUCGAGUUUUGCUGUUGACAUCGACAUCGCGAGUUGCUCCUCUCGAUGACGUCACGAAGAAAAGGAAAAAAACCACCAUUCCCCGUUUGCAGUUAACCUCCGCACAAGUUUGCAGUCACUUGUUUGAAAAGGUUGUCCAAGGAAUAAAUAUCACCGCCCAACCGUAUUUUUGGACGGACUCGAUGAUCACAAAAUGUUGGCUCUCUUCUCCCCCCGUUGGAACAUAUUUGUCGCUAACCGAGUGUCAGAAAUCCAACAUAUCACACGAAAUGGAAUUUGUAACCAUAUUUCAGGAUCAGAGAAUCCUGCCGAUGUCUUGUCACGUGGAAUGACUCCGGAUCAAUUAACAGAUCAUCAAAUCUGGUGGCAAGGGCCAUCAUGGCUACAUCUGGGUAAGGAGUACUGGCCAAGAACAGCACAAAUCCAUGUCAACGGCGUAGACCCUACUCUCUUGGAAGAAAGAACAACCUAUCAAUGCUCAGUCAAAUUAUUCCGCCUAGUCCGAUUUUUGAUUCAAGAUCAUCGUUUACGGACACUUUCCGAAUUGCUGCACUGUUGUUAAGGUUUAAAUUCAACUGCACACACAAGCAAGGUCGCAGACUAGGGUUUCUGACAUGUCAAGAAAAAGAAGAGGCACUCUCCGCACUGAUCUCGUUGGCUCAACGAGAAUGUUUUGUAGAGGAUAUAGACGAAAUCCAAUGAAUUGGUGAAGUGAAGACAUCGUCAAGACUUAAGUCACUAGCCCCUCGUCUAGUUGACGGAUUACUCCUGGUAGGCGGACGGCUUAAAAAUGCUCGAAUAGCUGAUAGUCGAAUGCAUCCUAUUAUAUUGGCGUCCUGCCACCCGUUGACUACUAUUCUUGUGGCAUACCACCAUCGAAAACUUCUUCAUGCAGGACCCCAACUCGUUCUUUCCAGCAUUCGUGAACGAUAUUGGCCACUUUCGGCACGUAGUAUGGUGCGCAAAGUUAUUCAUCAAAACCUAAAUCUCACGAGCAGCUGAUGGGAGAUCUACCCAUAGAGCGUGUCACUCCUGCUCCUCCCUUUCAAAGAGCAGGUGUCGAUUAUUGUGGACCAUUCCAAACUCGUUACCCUACCAAAAGGGAAAACCGAUUAAGUGCUCUAUUGCGGUAUUUGUAUGCCUUGUCAUGAAGGCUAUUCACCUAGAAGUUGUCGCAGAUCUAACCACCAACCAGCAAUCGUUCAUUGCUGCACUGAAACGAUUUGUCUCCCGUCGGGGUCGCCCUGAAAUUAUAAUGUGUGACAAUGCAACCAAUUUCGUUGGCGCACGUCGUGAGCUAGAUGAAUUAAGAAUGCCGUUUAACAAUUAGAAUUUUGCUCGAACAGUUUCACAAAAAGCCGCGAUGGACAAUAUACAGUUCAAAUUUAUUCCCCCAAAAACGCCGAACUUCGGUGGCUUCUAGGAGGCCGCUGUGAAGGCUAUCAAGGGCCAUCUUAGGAGAACCUUGGGAAAUACUGUAAUCACUUACGAAGAAAUGUGCACGCUAACGGCCCAGAUCGAAGCUUGUCUCAAUUCCAGGCCGUUUACUCCGCUUUCCAGCGACCCCAAUGACUUAGAAAUAUUAACACCUGGCCAUUUCCUGGUACACCGACUGCUUACGGCAAUCCCAGAACCGUCUCUAGAGGAUUUGAAGAGGAUUUAUAAGAGUUAAGUUCUCGCACAAAAUUGACCAGGCAACGAAACAAUUUGUUUGUUGGCACUAUGGUCCUUCCAUUGUAAUGGCGUAUGGGAAGGGUCAUUGAAGUUCACACUGGACAGGAUAGCAAAAUACGCGUGGUGAAAGUGCGUACUAAAUAUGUAAUUUACGUUCGAGGAAUCACCAAAGUGUGCAUUCUUCCGAUAGCAGACAAUGUAGACCAAUAGUAUCAACCCACAAGAACCACUGUCUUGUCGCACCCAAGGGCGCUGCCGCGGCUUAUAGGCAUCCGUGGUCAGUUAAUUUCUCCAGCUCGCUGUGGUUCCCGGAAUCCGGAGAACUGUUGCUUUAAGUUAAUAUCAACUUACUGCCAUGCAUGUGUAUCCAGCUCAGCUCAGUUCCUGUCAUUAUUUUGUAUAAAGCGUCAAGUAUAUUGUGGAGGUUGAGGAACCUCCACGCAAAGUUAUAUGUCUCGCAUGUGCACCCUCUACAUGAAGUCAAACACUUUUGUUCCAUUAACAGAAACGUCAAAAUUACCACAAGGAUCAACCACCUAUCUGAAGUCCGAGAUCAACUAAGAGGUUCGUUCAUUCCUCCCACCUCCCAACGGUGAAAAGCACCAUUAAGAGAAAGGUCUAGUUGCAGACUGCAAUUCACCAACGGCGUGUUAGGCGCCAGCGGAGGCGGACGGCCUCCGCGUCCCAGGGAAAUUUGUACCCGAUGGAAGGCAGCGCCAGGAUGCACCCAGUGCCAGGAUACAACCAGCGCCAGGACUCACAGGAUGCAGUUCCACUGAAGAUUGCUUCGCCGAUCCAGCCCAGGAUAUGAUGUUUUGAGUUCCAGUUUUAGUAACCAGUUAAUAAGCGAUACAUUAGCUCGUUGCAUUAAUUAAGUUGUUUAUAACUGUUAAUAAUGUACAAGUAAUUGAUUGUUAAUGUUAAGGUUGAAAUUUGCCUUUCAAGGCGGCCGGUAUGAACGCGCCGACGCUUAAUUCUUCAGAACUAUUUUGCUCAGCCCACUGUUAGUUUAUGCAUGCUAUAAGAAACGAUAAAAGUAGCUCAAUUCUCUAUUGUUCAGUCACCCGAGUACUUGUAAUUAAAAUCUCAAUGCUCUCCGAUCACACGCGAGAGCCGAAAGCCAAUUUGCAUAUUGCCAGUUCAUUCGAGAUCGAAAUCAAAUGUACAGAUCAUUACAGAAUAAAUCGUCAGCUUGACCAGUCGUGUUUUUGCCCCCUAAAAUUGAACAAAUUUAAUCAUUUAAAUACAGUCCGCCAAAGUAAGAAAUUGAAUUCCUGACGAGAAGUCGCAGAAUUGAACAAUGGGUAUUUCCAGAUUCGUAAUGAUGGACUGGAGCUACAAAUCGACUUCAGACAACAUUUUGAAUUGUAAGAUGGCAACUUCCGGUUUCUAGAAAACAGCCUGACAUGGACGAUUCCCAUCAAACAUGAGUAUCUCUGGAACCAGAAAGCUGCACAGAAGCUGGAAAUUGAUCACAGGCACAAUCUUGGAUUUUAAGAUGGUGACUUCCAGUGUCUGGAAAACAGCUGGAAAUGACUAAAUACCAUUCAAUAUGAAUGUUUUCGGAACCAGAAUUACGCCCAGAUGACAGGAAGUGACCAAAUACCAUCCAAAAUGAGUAUCUCCGGAGCCAGAAUAUUGCAAGAAGCUAAAAAUUUACCUCAGACACUAUCAUGAAUUGUAGGAUGGCAACUUCUUAUUUCUGGAAAACAGCCAAAAAUGGCCGCUUUCCGUCUAACAUGAGUAUAUCCGGAUCUAGAAUGAUACACAGCAGCUGAAAUCGACCACAGACCCCAUUUUAGAUUCUAGGUUGGUGACUUCCGGUUCCUGGGAAACAGCCGAAAAUGAUCGCAUAACACCCAAUAUGGGUGUUUCUUCAACCAGAAUGACGCUCAGAGGCCAGAAAUUAUCUUAAAUACCAUUUUGAAAUCCAAGAUGGCAAUUUCCGAUUUGUGAAAACAGCCUAAAAUAACCAAAUAUCAUCCAAUAUGAGUAUCGAUGGAAUCAGAAUGAUGCAAUGAGCUAACAAUUGACCUCAGGCAUCAUUUUGAAUUGCUAAAUGGCAACUUCUAGGAAACAGGCGAAAAUUCCGUAAUCGAGAUGAUGCAUAGAAACCAAACAUGGACCCUGGACACCAUUUUGAAUUUAAGGACGACCACUUUUAGUUUCUGGAAAACAACCAAAAUCACUGAAUACCUCCCAAUAUGGUUAUUUCCGGUGUCAGAUUGAUGCCAGAAAAUCUGCUGAAAAUGGCCGAAUAUCACCCAAUAUGAAUAUAUUCACAAUAAAAGUGAUUUACAAAAGCCAAAAGUCGAGGAUGUUGUCAUUUCGAUAAAACCAAUCAUUUCAAACGAUUUGUUAUUUCACUUAGAUCAUAUCCAGCCUUUAAACACAUCGCAAGAAAUCAAUGAAUUUGGAAAGUUCAAAUAAUACGAUACCACAUUUGAAUUAUGUUGAGGCCACAUAUAUCGAUCAAAACAUGUAUAGUUUCAAAUAGUCUUUGAAAUUCUUUUCUUUUCAUAACUUUUGAGCCAUAUAUCAAAUUGUUAUGAAGUUUGUUUUUUGUAAGUUUGAGAGAUGACUC